UUCAAGUGACUGGUUCCCAGAAAUUGGUGGGCAAGUGAAAAUGAGCUCCAGAAAGACUCCUGUUCCUACGGGAUGGGGUUGGAGUUGGGGUUUGGUGAGUAGAUGUGGCAAGGUAUGCAUGCCAUGGGAUCUUUUCCCUCCUUUCUUCAUGACUGGCUGUCCCAUUGUCCUGUUGUUCCUCAAAGAGUUUGCUAAUGUGAGGCUAUGGGAUGGUGCCGACAAUAUGGCCAGCAGAGAUGAUGCCUCAGCAGGUGCUCCUCCAAGCAGGCCGUCGGCUCAUCCUCUGACCAAGAAUCUGUAGCAUAAUGGCUGUGUCCAGCAAAGAGUCCCUCCUCAUAGUCCACUUGAUCAGGGAGCUGUCAUAAAAAUCCACUGCUUGCCUCAGCUUCUUUCAUUUGCUUCUGUAUCAUGGGCCCUGUCUCUUAAAGCCAGUAGAAGGCUGGAAUAUUAUGUAGUCGGCACUUUGACCUCUCCCUGCCCCCAUCGUUACAGUCUCAUCAGGUCUCUGAAUGAAUGCAUUCUGAUAUGCAGUCUCAUCUUGAGUUUCCCCGUGCCUCUCAUGUUAACCCUCCGAGCUCUUUCCAACCUUUGCUAACAGUCCGUGGCUCUGUACUUCCUCUUGGCCCAUCUCACUUCCUCUGCCAAAGGUCUGCUUAUCUUCAUGGUGUUCACAUAACCCUCUGGGGGCAGAUGGAGGCCUGGGCUUUGACUGUGGUUGUCUGGGGAACUAAGUGUAACUGCCCUUUCCGAUUCAGCCCACAUAGGGCUCUGCUCUGGUUCCCGGGAACGUGUGGCUUAUAAAAGGCUGGUUGCGAUCAUCCUGCAACGGGCCCUGUCUUAUGGGUCUCUAAGAGAUGGAUUCAUUGAAGAAGAGAAAGAAUGAACAUGCCGUGAGUUUUUAGACUUGCUGCUUGCGGACCUCUGGGAAGAGGUCCAGUGAGAAGUAGGUCCACUGGCCCGGUCAGAUCCUGCUGACACCUGUUAACGUGGAGACUCCUCUGCCAAGGCAAGAUGUCCAACAACGGCACUACCCUGAUAUUCAUCAAAAUUGCCUACAUCAUUGUGGAGAUUCUAAUUGGGCUAUGUGCUGUAGUAGGCAACUUGUUGGUCAUCUGGGUGGUCAAGAUCAACCCCAGCAUGAAGACCACCACCUUCUAUUUUAUUGUCUCCCUGGCCCUGGCUGACAUGGCAGUCGGGCUGCUGGUCAUGCCUUUGGCCAUUGUCGUCAGCCUGGGCAUUACCAUCCGCUUCGACAGCUGCCUUUUCAUAUGCUGCCUGCUGCUCAUCUUCACCCAAGCCUCCAUCAUGUCCUUGCUGGCCAUCGCUGUGGACCGGUGGCUGCGGGUCAAGCUCACUGUCAGAAACAGGAUUCCUGAGGUGCCAGGGCACACUCUGUGCUUCUGGCUGAAGGUCCACUUCUUUCCCGUCAUGAGGAUCUUCGUUCUGUUCUCCUUGGCUGUCAUGUCAGAGGCCAUAGUUAUGGACCAAAAGGUCAAGGAGAGCUUUGUGAUGGACACGACUUCUGCCACAUGCAACUAUAACACAUACUACAAGGACCACCCCAAAUACUGGUGCCGAGGCUACUUCCGGAACUAUUGCAACAUCAUCGCUUUCACCCCCAACAGCACUGAUCGCGUGGCCCUGAGGGACACAGGAAGCCAAUUCAUCAUCACUGUGUCCUGCCUGACCAAGGAGGACACGGGGUGGUACUGGUGUGGCAUCCAGCGGGACUUUGCCAGGGACGAGAUGGAUUUCACCGAGCUGAUUGUGAAAGACAAUAGGGCAGCCCUCACUGGGGAUGUGUGGCCUGGGACAGGCCUGUCCAGCAACAAGAACCAAAGCUGCAGGACCUCCAAAAUUGUCCAAAAGACAGAUCGUUCCAGGAUGUCCAUUCUGAUUAUCUGCAUACUGAUUACCGGCUUGGGAAUCAUCUCCAUAAUCAGCCAUCUAUCCAAGAGGAGGCGAAGGCAAAGGAAUCCAAGGAGUAAAGGACUAGCCAGAAGCUCCAGAAGUUUGAAAACCAGCCAAGCUUCUCCUGUGAUGCCGGCACCCUUGUAGGUGACUCUUUGAAGCCUCUCUUGUGUGUCCUGACUCCGAAAGAAAUGGAAGAUGUGGACAGAUGUGACUGAAGAAUUUUUUUUAUUUGAUUCAUAAAUAAAGUGAUGCUAUAAUAGAAUCACCAUGGCAACUGCUCCUUCCCACUUCGAGGCUAAUUCUGACCUCUUCAUUUUGAAAGGGCCUCCGCCCUGGCCAGCAGUCCUGUGCAAUAUGGGCACAGUGGUGGUGAUCAGAGGAGCUAUGCUAGAGCACACCCAAGCAAGGCAGCGAUCCAGUAACAAACACAUCAAGACCCUAAUUCUUGUCUUUAGCCACAAGGGAGGAAGAGGUGGAGAUUGUGGGGUAAGGGACCAGGGAAUCAUUUAUGUUGCACUUGUCAGCCAAUAAACUCCGGGCCGGUGUUUGAAUAAACUCCAAGGUAUGACUAACUUCUCCCAGGACAUUGCUGAAAAUAUUUCUGAAGCAGGGUAACAUUCCAACUCCUUUCUGAGUGAGUGGGAAAUACUGUCUGACACCUCCCUCUCCCCUCCCCCCCCAAAAAAGGGAUCUUGAGCUAAAUCAGCAGCUUUCGGAUACCCUUGGUGAAGGACCAAGGGCUAGCAAGGACGUCCUGUGUGCCAGUCUGCCACCACACUAAAGGGGUGCUGCUUUGGAUCACGGGGAGCCAAGAGGUGUCAACAGACAAAAUAGUAGCUUUCAGAUCAGGGAACGCAAACCAAUACGUGGGCAUUGGCAGCAGCAGGUACAAAUGAGAUGUGGACUUGCAUGCCAGAGCUAGCACCACUCCUGUCCCCACCUGGCUCAAUCUCCCUCCAUGGUGUGUCUCCUGUGAUCCUGAAAGCUUCCAAGGGUUUCCCUGUUCCUGCCUCUGCAGCCUUUAUAGGAAUCCUGCUCUUCUUGGUGCUGUACGUAGUCUUUUUCUAAUAGGGACGCUAGCCAGUCCCAGGUCUCAGGACACUCCAACGGCCCCCAGGCCAAGUAGGGCUGGAACAGAGAGGAUUGGCUGUUGAUCAGAUCCUGCAUGUGGCCUGCAUGAUGAGUCUGGGCUCGUGAAAUUUUCCGGCUCCCACCCCAAUUCCUCUCUCCAACAGGUAGGGGACCUAGAACUCUGCCGCUCGAACGGGAGGAGGGCACAGGUGCCAUACCUUGGAUUCCAUACAGCCCCUCUCUGUUAGUCUCCCUUCAAACAAUGCCAAACAUGCCGUGUUUUCCCUCAGCUACAAAAUUCCUGACUCCUUACCUCCUGGUCUUGUAUUGAAUUUGUCAAAGGGAUCAUCAAAGCGUUGAUUCUGCAAAUCAUAAUCCAGUCUGGCUCCAUCAGGGCAUCCUGUGACGUGAGGCAGGCAAUCAGGCAGGCUGGGCUCUCCUAUGACAAGUGAAGUCACAAACAAGCUUCUUGGAAGAUUCACUUCCAUGCUGCCUGAAAAACCGUUUCCCCUAAAAACCCUCCACAUUGGCUCUGAGUCUGUGGUCUGGGGUUUCAAGAGUUUGGUUCUUUGCUUACCUAGUAAAGUCCUUUUGAAUCUGUGGCUAGAUAUUCACUGCCUCUUUUUCUCCUCCAGCUGCACUGGUUGCACACCAGUUAUCACCAAGGGAAAGUAAAAAUACAAGACGUUGCUCCGGGCUUUGCUGUU